AUGCCCUCUUCCUCACCCCGUUUUCAGGCAUACUUCAAUGGCGAGAAAGUAGAUGAGCUGGUGGGCGCUGACCCCUCGAAGCUCAAGGCCAUGAUCAGCAAGGUGGCCGCCAUGCAGGGCGCUCAGGGCACGGGCCAGAAGGUUGGCGGCGCCGGCACCAGCGAGCCGCCUGCGGCUGGCGACGACCUGCGCGCCCGCAUGGCCGCGGCGGCCGAGGCGCGGUUCAAGGCGCAGCAGGGCGGAGCGAAGUGA